AUGCCACUAUGGAUGUUACUUUUGAUUAUGCUUUUGGAUAUCAACGGGAAUAUUCCUUACGAUUCCCUCUUUGUGGCCGAUGGCAAUCCAACCUAUCAAAUCUACGACGUUGUUCUGGUAGCAAAACAAGAUGAUGAUAAUGGAGGAACCAUAAAGGAGGACAUGGAAAGGGAAUGGAAUGUUGCCAAAUCCUACAACGGUCAAGUGAUUCAAAUGACCAAUCGAUUUGGCGAACAAGUUUACCAAAACACAACGGGGUACUCUUUGACCAUUGAAGACAUAUUUGGUCUCAUCAAGACUGGGAUGGACGAAAACUACAGUACUCUCGAUGUGGAGUAUGACGACGACUUUCGUGGAGACUAUGGAUUUCCAAAGAGAGUAGUCCUGGUUGAAAGCGCCGUUAGGGCAGAAGAGGCAUACACCUUGACGUUUGACUACUUGGCACCCAUUUCGAAAUGGCAAAAUGAAUUGGGAGCUGCCAAAGCAUUGUGGUCAAAACAGAACCUUUCAACUUACAAUUACAGGUUUUUUCGACAGUGUGAAUGCAUAGAGGAGGCUAACACUGAGGCGCUGGUAAAAGUUGUGGACGGAAAUGUAGCUGCCAUUGACCUAGGCAGCCCUACUUUUGGUGAAGCUUUCACCAUGGAUGGCCUCUUCACCAUCAUCGAAGACGCUAUCAACGCAAAAGCCUUUCGGGUUGACGUCACCUACAACCGAGAAUACGGUUAUCCCAUCUCUGUAUACAUUGAUUAUGAAGAAAUGGUCGUAGGUGCAGAUUUCAUUAUCAGUGCCUGGGCAUUGACACCGCUCACGAAAUGGCAAACUGAAUUGGAAGCUGGUAAACUCUUGUGGUCAGAACAGAACCUCAAGACUUAUGAUCACACGUGUCAGCGAUCCUGUAGAUGCCCUGAUGGGAUGCAUCAACAAUUAUGUGAAUGCUCUGAUGAGUCUCAGCUUGCCAAGUUGGUACAAGUUGUGGAUGGAAAGGUAUUCGCCGUUGAUGGUAGUCCGGUCCAGGCUACACAACGAUCCUCCUCCGCUUCUUUGGAUGAGGUUCCCACCUUGGGUGGGCUCUUCACCAUCAUCCAAGAAGCUAUCAAUGGCAAUGCCUUUCGGGUUGACGUAGACUACGACCCAGAAUACGCUUAUCCCGUCUUGAUUGAUUUCACAAGAGAUCCCGCAGAUGAAGAAUGCAUCAUAUCAGCCAUUUUGGAGGAAGUAAAGGAUGGUGGUGCCCGCGAAGAUUCAGGUCCCGCAUCUUCUGCACUGAAAACUACAACCACCCUGAUGGGUCAUCUUGGAAUUGCCUCGCUUCUUCUUUGUAUGAUAUGGUAG